AUGCUCUGCAGCACUUCACUCGCAGCCCCUAGCCGCUUGCCUUCCCCCCGCCUUACCGCGCCCGUUCUCCCCCUUCCUCUCCCUCUUCCCCGCUGCCGCGGGCUCCCUUUUCUGCUCUUGUUCUCACCGACGAGUGUGGCAGACUCGGGCAACUACGUCACGGGCAAGCCCGGCAAGUACAUGCUGCGCAUCUGCAGUGCCCGCCGCCUCCCCCUUCGCGUCCGCGCUGGUCCUGUCCCACCUCCCUUCGCAUGUCCUCCACACUCAUCCGUGCUCCUGCUCGCCCCGACUGCCUCUCUGGCGAGUAAUGCGCCCUCGCCCAGCCUUCUCUAUGUGUUCCUCGCUUCCAGUGCCUCUCGGGCGAAGGGGAUCUCUCGUCCCUUCUCCCUCCGUGCCCGCGGCGACUGUCUUGCAGAUGCCACUCCUCCUCCCAUCUCCCUCCCUGCUUGCGCUGCAGACCUGGCGAACGUGUCUCACCCCUUGCCCUUCCCGCGUAGUGCCGCCACAGAUCAGGUGAGCCAGACCCGCCAGUCUGUCGUCUAUCAUGUUGCCCAUGCCGAUCAGGCGAGCGCGACCCGCCCCCCUGCCUCCCAUCAUGGUGCUGACGCACCUCAGGCGAGCGCGACCCUCCGUUCCGCCCUCCUCCGCGCUGCCAACGCGGAUCAGGUGAGAACUCGUCCUCGCGCACUUCCUGUUGCUCCUCCGCCCGCCCCCGCUGCUGCUCUGAUGAGGGAAUCUUCUUGA